GUACUACAGGCUCUCUCGAUUUGAAUACGUCCCUUCACCGUUUAGAAAUCUGGGCAACUUCCAUUUCCCAUCCUGGUAAAAACGAGGAAAAAUUCGUAGGAAGAAAAUCAACGCCUCUUAGAUAACCACGUGUUCUGCAAGCUUUGACUAAAUCUAAGCAGUGAAGUUGAGGCAUUUGAUUUAGUGAUCCGUUUGCAGGAGGACCCCGCAGUAUGAAUUUUCCUCCGCUACCGACCCUACGCUUCACAACCAAGAAAUACACUUUAACCCCAAUAGAAUUUUCACAACUUUCACAAACAAAUGCUAGACAUUAGACCGGAGAAAAGAAAUUCGUGUUCUAUAUCUGAUCCUGAGAGUGGGCGCCUGUGGGAAGUUUUAAGAGGAAAAGAGAAUUCUGGCGCAGCAAAUCGUGAAGUUUUUUUGGGGAGAAAUGGAUGCAGGAAGCCACCUUAUACUGCAACGGUUUUUUCUCCUUUAAGUUCAAGGUGCAUAUUUGAGAGCAACUAUGCUGAACAAGCCUUCAAGUUAAUUGCAAUGGGUGCUCCAUUCAAAUCUUCCAUUUAUGGAACUCCAGGUUGGAAAGCUCAAAAGAUGCAUUUGGAAACUAAAUCUUCAACUUCUUGGUGGACUUCAGAUGACCAAGUCUCAUCAUCCUCUCAAAAUAAUGAAGCUUAUAAAGUGCAGUUAGAAAGAGGUGUUACUGGUAAAAAUUUAGAUAGUGAUCAGACCUCAAGUCAUUGCAAGGACAAAUUUAAUGGAUCACAGUCUGGAAAAUAUUCUCCUGAUAAUUGUUCACCUGGUAUUAACAUAGCUGAAGAAAUAAUCCAAAAUAUUAUUAAGGUGCAAAAUCCAACUGGAUUGUCAGAGCAUAGGACUGGUUUUUGUGUUAGUGAUACACCUCCAGAUACUGUUGUCAUUGAUGAUGAUGAUACUGACACUAGAGUGAAUAAUCAUGAUAAAAGUUCAAGUGGGGAACGAGAAGAUGAUGAUAUAAGUACAGAAAUGAAAGCUGGGCUUGAGAUCUCUGAUGCAGAUCCAGUCAGUGAUGAUUCAGAUACAGGAUGUGGUUACAGCUUUAGGAGACAAACCGAUUGGUUCUAUUGGAAAACUAUGGGACAGAGUCCUAAUUGUAGUAGGCGCGUUUAUGUUUCAACAGAUGUUUCUGAUGAUGAAGAUGAUUGUCAAGUGUUUGAGCCAUGUAGCCACUCACACUUCAAUGCAGGAACUUCACAAAGACAACAGAAGCAGCGUUCUUCAGGACAUUUUCGAUUUAUUGUAGAUUCGGAUAGUGAUAGUUCAGAUUGUGAAAUAUUUGAAAACUCUGAUGGGGAGAUGCGCCAAAAGUGGGAAGAAGCAGCUUUGAGAAAGAGAGGUAAAAAGGGCAUUGAGCGCAAGCAAUGUGAAGCAGGGGUGAAGGCUAGUAUCUCUAGCUCAAAUCUUGCAACAGAUAGUUCUGUAAGGGAUGGGGGUCCUGAAGUUACAACCGACAGGAAAGAUGCUGGUUUUGAAAGUUGCAGUGCUGGAGAGGGUAUGAGAGAUCCAUCGGAUUUUUCUAAUGGAAGUGGUACCAAUGAAUCUUCAUAUCAAAUGGAUGGAGAUGCCUUUAGAACAUCAGAGAAACUUGAUACAGUGUGCCCAUCUACAUCGGGGCCAAACAUGUCUGAUAGUGCUGUACCUGGCAAAGAUAAUAUUCAAAUAGCUUCAUGUACUGAGUCAAAAGAUUUAAAUGCAUCUAAUAAGGAGGAGACACUAAAUAAGAGUUCACCAGAAAAUUCUUGCUGUCAGUCCCAAGAAGAGGAAAAUCAAAUUCACACGGGAACAUGCAUUUUGGAAGGAGCUAAGAUAGAAUCAGUUGUGAAUGAAAACACAGGAAAUUGGGUCUGUGCUCGUGAAAAGUUGAAGGAAACGGCAGAGUUUAGAUUUGCCGAUAAAGAAGAGUGGGUUAAUCGACAGUUGGAAUUAGAACGACAGGCGAAGGAGGUACAACAGUUACGUAGGAGGAAAAGGGCAGAAGCUGAACGCAUGUUAGAAAUGGAACGAAGACAAAAGAGACGUCUUGAAGAAAUUCGGAUAACUCAGAAGAAGGAAGAGCAAACAAUGGAUCAGAAAGAACAGUUGCGCGAUCAAGUUAGGUCAAGGCUUGACGAAAUAGCUUCUACGUGCAAAGAUAUGGCAUCAUUGCUUCGAUCUCUAGGGAUCCCAGUGGAAGGAGGAUCCCUACCCUCAUCACAACAGGUGAAUGCAGCAUAUAAGAAAGCUUUACUACGAUUUCAUCCAGAUCGUGCAUCAGUAUUGAAUGAUGGCGUGCGCCAUCAAGUAGAAGCAGAGGAGACAUUCAAGAUGAUUUCACGCAUGAAGGACACAUUGCCUCCAGUUUUUACAGGCUAUGGUAAUAAAACAGGUUGGUAGUGGCAUGAAAUCUUUCUAUGGAUAUCAACAUGAAUGUAAUUCAUAUGCUUUCCACGCUACCGUUAUGUAUGUUUUUGGUUAUUAUUCAUGUAAUUUAGAACAUUUUUGAUAAUUACAAACAAGUCAACGAUAUUGUUGACUUGUUAGUUACCUUUUGUAAUAUCUUGCAUUUUUUAUCACACGUGCACAAUUGUUUGUUUAGGUUUCUUGUAAUUUUUUCUUCAUGCAACCACUGUCAAUACUAAAUGUAAAGCUCUGUGUGUGUGGCACGUGGGGGCUUCUUUCCUUUAUGGUAGAAAUUUGAAACAGCUGGCUUAAUGACCAGUUAUGGAUUUGUCAACUUAUCUGGCUUAAAAGGGUUUACUGAUUUUGGUUUUUCA